GCCAAUAAGGCCCCACCCACCUCCCCCGUCCCGUCGCCUUCACCCACCAUCCCCGCUCCCUCAGGCCCCGCCCCACGCCGCAUGGGGCACCGCGCGCUCCACCACUGUGGUCGCCUGGCACACCUCGGGGUCACGCUCGCGGCGCUCUGAUUGGUUGCGUGGGCGUCGGCCCACCUAAGCCUGAGCGCCUGCCGAGGCCUGCGCCUGCGUAGAGCGCGCGGGAGUGGCGGGGUUGGGCGGCAGGUCCCGGGUGCGGACAUUCGGCAGCUGGUAGUGGGCGGCGUAGAGCACUGCAGCAGCAAUGACGGAGGGCACGUGUCUGCGGCGCCGAGGGGGCCCCUACAAGACCGAGCCCGCCACCGACCUCGGCCGCUGGCGACUCAACUGCGAGAGGGGCCGGCAGACGUGGACCUACCUGCAGGACGAGCGCGCCGGCCGCGAGCAGACCGGCCUGGAAGCCUACGCCCUGGGGCUGGACACCAAGAAUUACUUUAAGGACUUGCCCAAAGCCCACACCGCCUUUGAGGGGGCUCUGAACGGGAUGACAUUUUACGUGGGGCUGCAGGCUGAGGAUGGGCACUGGACGGGUGAUUAUGGUGGCCCACUUUUCCUCCUGCCAGGCCUCCUGAUCACUUGCCACGUGGCACGCAUCCCUCUGCCAGCCGGAUACAGAGAAGAGAUUGUGCGGUACCUGCGGUCAGUGCAGCUCCCCGACGGUGGCUGGGGCCUGCACAUUGAGGAUAAGUCCACCGUGUUUGGGACUGCGCUCAACUAUGUGUCUCUCAGAAUUCUGGGUGUUGGGCCUGACGAUCCUGACCUGGUACGAGCCCGGAACAUUCUUCACAAGAAAGGUGGUGCUGUGGCCAUCCCCUCCUGGGGGAAGUUCUGGCUGGCUGUCCUGAAUGUUUACAGCUGGGAAGGCCUCAAUACCCUGUUCCCAGAGAUGUGGCUGUUUCCUGACUGGGCACCGGCACACCCCUCCACACUCUGGUGCCACUGCCGGCAGGUGUACCUGCCCAUGAGCUACUGCUACGCCGUUCGGCUGAGUGCCGCGGAAGACCCGCUGGUACAGAGCCUCCGCCAGGAGCUCUAUGUGGAGGACUUCGCCAGCAUUGACUGGCUGGCGCAGAGGAACAACGUGGCCCCCGACGAGCUGUACACGCCGCACAGCUGGCUGCUCCGCGUGGUAUAUGCGCUCCUCAACCUGUAUGAGCACCACCACAGUGCCCACCUGCGGCAGCGGGCUGUGCAGAAGCUGUAUGAACACAUUGUGGCCGACGACCGAUUCACCAAGAGCAUCAGCAUCGGCCCGAUCUCGAAAACCAUCAACAUGCUUGUGCGCUGGUAUGUGGACGGGCCCACCUCCACUGCCUUCCAGGAGCAUGUCUCCAGAAUCCCGGACUAUCUCUGGAUGGGCCUUGACGGCAUGAAAAUGCAGGGCACCAACGGCUCACAGAUCUGGGACACCGCAUUCGCCAUCCAGGCUCUGCUUGAGGCGGGCGGGCACCACAGGCCCGAGUUUUCGUCCUGCCUGCAGAAGGCUCAUGAGUUCCUGAGGCUCUCACAGGUCCCAGAUAACCCUCCCGACUACCAGAAGUACUACCGCCAGAUGCGCAAGGGUGGCUUCUCCUUCAGUACGCUGGACUGCGGCUGGAUCGUUUCUGACUGCACGGCUGAGGCCUUGAAGGCUGUGCUGCUCCUGCAGGAGAAGUGUCCCCAUGUCACCGAGCACAUCCCCCGAGAACGGCUCUGCGAUGCUGUGGCUGUGCUGCUGAACAUGAGAAAUCCCGAUGGAGGGUUCGCCACCUAUGAGACCAAGCGUGGGGGGCACUUGCUGGAGCUGCUGAACCCCUCGGAGGUCUUCGGGGACAUCAUGAUUGACUACACCUAUGUGGAGUGCACCUCGGCUGUGAUGCAGGCGCUUAAGUGUUUCCACAAGCAUUUCCCGGAGCACAGGGCAGCGGAGAUCCGGUGGACUCCUGAGGUGUGGAAUUCGUGUUGCCUUCUCCUGCUCUCCUGCUCGCGGGAGACCCUCACGCAGGGCUUAGAGUUCUGUCGGCGGCAGCAGAGGGCCGAUGGCUCCUGGGAAGGCUCCUGGGGAGUUUGCUUCACCUACGGCACCUGGUUUGGCCUGGAGGCCUUCGCCUGUAUGGGGCAGACCUACCGAGAUGGGACUGCCUGUGCAGAGGUCUCCCGGGCCUGUGACUUCCUGCUGUCCCGGCAGAUGGCAGACGGAGGCUGGGGGGAGGACUUUGAGUCCUGCGAGGAGCGGCGUUAUGUGCAGAGUGCCCAGUCCCAGAUCCACAACACAUGCUGGGCCAUGAUGGGGCUGAUGGCCGUUCGGCAUCCUGACAUCGAGGCCCAGGAGAGAGGAGUCCGGUGUCUACUUGAGAAACAGCUCCCCAAUGGUGACUGGCCGCAGGAAAACAUUGCCGGGGUCUUCAACAAGUCCUGUGCCAUCUCCUACACGAGCUACAGGAACAUCUUCCCCAUCUGGGCCCUCGGCCGCUUCUCCCAGCUGUACACUGAGAGAGCCCUUGCUGGCCACCCCUGAGAACAUGCCUAUCUGCUGGGUGCCGUCUGUGCGUUCCAGUGAGGCCAAGGGGUCCUGGCCGGGUUGGGGAGCCCUCCCGUAACCCUGUCUUGGGCUCCAACCCCUCAACCUCUGUCUCAUAGAUGUGAAUCUGGGGACCAGGCUGGAGGCAGGGAUGGGGACAGGGUGGGUGGCUUAGACUCUUGAUUUUUACUGUAGGUUCAUUUCUGAAAGUAGCUUGUUGGGCUUGGGUGAGGAACGGGGCACAGGAGCCGUGACCCCUGAGGAGGCACAGCGCCUUCUGCCACCUCUGGGCACGGCCUCAAGGUGGUGAGGCUAGGAGGUUUUUUCUGACCAAUAGCUGAGUUCUUGGGAGAGGAGCAGCUGUGCUGUGUGAUUCCUUAGUGUCGAGUGGGCUCUGGGCUGGGGUUGGCCCUGGGCAGGCUUCUGCACCUUUUGUCUGCUGGGCUGAGGGACACGAGGGCAAGCCUGUGACAAUGGCAGGUAGUGUGCAUCCGUGAAUAGCCCAGUGCGGGGGGUGCUCAUGGAGCAUCCUGAGGCCGUGCAGCAGGGAGCCCCAUCCCCCUGGGUCGUGAGCUUGCCUGCGUAUGGGGUGGUGUCAUGGAGCCUCAUGCCCCUGGGUCGUGAGCUCGCCUGAGUAUGGGGUGGUGUCAUGGAGCCUCAUACCCCUGGGUUGUGAGCUCGCCUGCAUAUGCGGGGUCUGUCAUGGAGCCUCAUACCCCUGGGUCGUGAGCUCGCCUGCAUAUGCGGGGUCUGUCAUGGAACAUCCCAAGUCUGUGCAGCAGGGAGCCCCAUGCCCCUGGGACAUGAACCCACCUGCGUGGAAUGCUGUUUGUGAGGUGUCUACAGGGUUUAUAGUAGUCUUGACACAGAAAUGCACAGGGGACACUUACGGACACAGAAAUGCACAGGGGAGGCCGAGCAUAACCAGGGGUGAGGGGCAGGCAGCAGUUGUAGUUACUGCCGCGGGGCACUGCUAUGUGCAGGGACAGCCAGCGCCCAGCCCAUCACCACUCCCUGGGCUGGCUGGUAGGUAUGGCACCCUGGGAGCCCGGCAUAUACCCAGGGCACCCCUACGGCUGCCGCCAGUCUCAUGCCCAGGUGGGUGCUCUGGGCUGGAGCGAGGGCCAGGUUUUGGGCCGAGGCUUCCCCAGGCAAUCCUGUGAGCUCCCUUCUAGCCUCUGACCCAGUCUGGUCUGGCUUGCAUGGAUGUAGGGCUUGGGAUGGGAAGUUCAGGUCCUGGCUUUGCCUUUGCCUGAUGUGGAUGAGCAGCUCACAUGCUCAGGGCCACCUGAGACUGUCACUGUUCUCCCCUGGCUAUUGGGAGGAGUCACUGAGAGCUUCGUUACCCCUGCUGCCUUGCCCAGGGCACACCCUAUGCCUCCUCAUCUGCUCUUCCCCUCCCUGCCGCCUUCUGGGCAGGUGGCAGUCCCUGGCCUCUCCCCCUGGCUGAUCACCCUCCCUCAGGCAGUGGAGAUCUGCGUCUGGACACCCUCAGAUCCUGUCAUUUCCUGCCCAGGGUCCUUCAGGGCCACCCCUCUGCCUUGGUGUGGGGUCCAGGGCUCUCACCCAGGUGCUGCACCCUCUGGGGUCUUCUGUCCAGCUCCCUUGCCCCACGUGCUGUCACUGACUCUCCUUGGGACUCGCCUGCCUGCUCAGAGCCCUGCAGGGCUUGGUCAGCUGCCUGUUCAGUGUCAACACUUCCCUGCACAUCUUAAAACUGGGCUUUAUUUUCGCUGAAGGAACUGUGUUGGGACCCUUGACAUCUGUCAGGUUUGCACAUGCUGUUUUUUUUUCUCAGCCCACGUGUUCUCCCCCACGUGGGGUAGCAGCAGGACAGACAGUGAAUCACAGAGUCUGCCCUGAGCAGAGGCUGCUGUCCCUGGGACUCCUAGCCAUGGUCAGACUGUACAAAACAGUUUUCCAGAAAUGAAAUGUAAAUCCAUUUUUAUACUGAAAAUGUUACUGAAAGUCACUUUUAUGAGCAUCUGCCUUAAUAAACAGACAUUGAUUCCCUUA